AUGGCACCAGUACAGGGCGGCGAUGAAUCUCUAUUCCACAUUGAGCGCAUAUCACAAUACGUCUGCAUUCCGCCCUCGUGCCUCUCCGAUCCCUUCUCAGCCGUAUGCGCGACUGUACUAUCGCCAUUGCUCCUCACCUACUUUCCGGCUGCACGAGGUGUAAUACUCGCAUACGAGGACGUUGAUCUGAGCAGCUCGCCUCCAACUGCAUCCGCCACAACGUCUAAAUCUCGUUCAAAACGUGCACAAAACGGUGCCACCAAUGAUUCGCCGGCGGAGCCUCUGCUCCUCAGACAUGUCGACGAAUACGCUGCGCCCUUCCUAUGGGCUACUGCCUCCUUCCUUGUAUGGCGUCCCGUCCGAAAUGCAUACCUAGAUGCGCACGUUACCGAUCAAGCGAAAACACACAUUACCCUCGCACAUCUCAAUACUUUUCCCGUGAGCAUUCUCAAGGAGCAUAUACCCGCAGAUUGGUCAUGGCACCAGAAUGAGACUGGCAAGGUCAAGAAGGGUUGGGACGAGAGUUUGUCGGAUGAAGGUGGCUGGUGGGUCAAUGGCGACGGCGAGAAGGUCGAGGGUGAACUCCGGGUCAGGAUACGAGACGUUGACGGUAGAAUGGAUGGAAGAGGCAAAGGAAAGGGAUUCCUGCGUGUUGAUGGCUCUCUGCUAUCUGAAGAGCAAGAGAAGGCAGCCAAAGCGGCACAAAAGAAUGGAAGGGCAAGCAAGAAGGCUACAACAAGUGCAAUGAGGACGCAGCGAAAGGAUCAGGCAAACGGAGAUGUCAUGGAGGUUGAUGCAGAGUCGGAUUAAAGGGCCGGAAGCAGUGUUGGGGCAUUGACGCGGUCGCACGCUUUGCAAAAGACAGUGUCGCAUUCGCAUUAGGGCGGCGUUCGGGCGUUGGAAACAGCAAGAUGCAUUUCUCAGCAUCUAUGAUACCACCAAAUUCAG